AUGCAUUACCGCAAGCCUGCAUUUGCCCCGGCCGCCGAUGCACUAAACACCACGGUGCGGCCUACCACUGCAGCUCCAACAACCCGGGGAUGCACCGAGCCUAUCUGGAGCGAGUGGGGCGAGCUUCUGGCGUGCAGCCAGGACUGUGGCGCAUGCGGAACUAAGAUCCUGCGCCGGAACUGCACCACCUCCUCCCAGGGUUGCUACUGCCCAGGUGAAUCCCAGCGGACCGUCGCCUGCAACAUCCAGGCCUGCGAUUACCCGAAGCCCGCAUUCCCCCUGAACGUCUCGACGUCUUCUAGACGUUCGAAAAUUAGACAACAAAACGAUUCCGACAGCCCGGACAGCUGCACCGAACUUCCAGGUCUCGAGUCGGGCCACGACGCGAUUGCCGAACGUGCUUGUAUCGAGUCGAGCGACGACACGACUUCCCUCGAGCUGGUCGACUACCAAAACCACCAGUCGACGACCAAUCGGCUAAUUGCUAAAUCGAGUUUCAUUUUUGCCUGGGUCUACAGCGUGCCCCAAAACUAUCACGGAUACCGCAAGUAUCAGCUCGUUGGCUUUUUGUAUCCCGGAAAUCGGACUGGGCACUAUUGUGCGCAUGCUAUCCUUGCGGAGAAGCAGCCGCAUGCUCCGGAAAGGUUUGAGAUGCGCACGUGCGACGGCGACGAGCUGGCCGAGCAGGACUUUUGGAUGGAUCCGGCGGUCGUCGACUCGUUGCAAUGGUAUGAGGGGGGCAACGAGACGAUUUCCAUCUCGAUGUGGUCGGCGCUGGCGGCCUGUGUCCUCGCCCUGUCGAUCACACUGAUCUGCUACUUGUUGUGCUACUUGAACGUCUGCAACCAUGACUGGCCGGUGACCCAUGGCAGCUACAUUGUAUGCGCCACCACUGCCGUCACCACCGGCCUAUCAGUCGUCAUUGCGUGCUACUGUUUCGUGACCGGCGUCUACGUGUUUGGAGCCACGCGGCUCGUCCAACGACUUUCAAGCGCCGAGCACGUCGCUACUGAGCUCAACGAGAUGGGUCUACUCGGAUCGGGACGGCGCGCAAUUUGUGGCGCGGGCUUACUAGCCGUUUUCGCCAUGGCCCUCGGCAUCGUUAACAUCGUGCUGAUUCUGGCCAAGUCAGAGUCAAAUUUGACGACGAAGGGCGACCACAUGUGCCGAACGCCUUGCUACAAGAAGCUGCCGACUGACGCCCAGAAGCACUGCCUCCAGCCCGAGCACUGCAGUGAU